CAUGCCGGCGGCCGUCCUCAGUUCAUCCAAUUUAACGUGACAGCCGUCACGGUGUUCUUGGCUGACGACGCUCUGGCGACGCUGGAGGUCCACGGCACCGCCAGCGCUGCGGAAGCCUGGCGGUGCGCAUGGACUUACCUCUGCAUCCAUCGAGACUGCAAGCGCGUAUGUUCGCAGCAUGGCAGAGUGAUCCCAAGAGCUUCAACCUCUGCACACUAGGUCUUCACCUUAUAGCAAGCAGUGAUGCUUCAACCCCGCUUCUCUGCCAUAUGGCGCUGCCCCAUCACAGCUUUGCCCACUCUGGCCCACAUCGACAGCACGCUCCUGGUCAACCGCAGAACGUCACGCCCGACAUGGAUGACCUCACGCGUGUGCUUGCUGACCAGAGUAUCAAAACUCUGGAAUUCAACAACUCGAGUGACUUCAUCCCCACUCGGUUAUCCGCAAAAUCUCACCCCACUUCAAUGUUUGUGUUGGCCCGGGCCGAGAACUACAGUAGUUUCAACAGAACUGCUAUUAGGCUAUUCAUCUAAAUAGCUCCAAUAUUGUACAUUUAGGUGUACGGCUAAACGGAGUCCAGAUCACCAUCGCAAUGCCGGACGACGCCAUCAACACGAAUCAUCUUC